CCCGUGUCUUGUGAUGGAACAAUACGAGUAUCCCUCAGGCUCUCCAUCCUAUAGGCAGAAGAUCAGAUUUCCCGUUGCGUGAGAUCUGGCGAUGAACAUGGCGGAGAUAUUUGCAUCCAGUCAAUCAGUGUCAAUGAUCGUUCCUCCACAUUUCCUCAUUCGGCUCAGACACACGUUAGAAGGACCGAGGAUGGUGGCUUUUGUGUGGGUGGUGGGGCUCAUCUGCGCCAUUGUGGAGUUGGUGUUGGGGGUCCUCCUUAACAUCUACAUUAUAGGUGUGAACGUUGCUGACAGAAGAAGAGGGCGCCCACUGAGCCUGUGUGAUAAGAUUCUGGUUCUCAUGGCCGCCAACAACAUCUGCCUGCAGAGCGACAUGAACAUCUGCACCUUCCUGUUCGUCAUCUUCCCGGAGAUGCUCCAAUACCACAACGUCUACUCCCUCAUCUCCGUCUUCCUGAUCUUCCAGUUCUACUUCAGUUUUUGGAUCACGGCGACGCUGUGCGUCUACUACUGCCUGAGGAUCGUCAACUUCAAGCUCAGCUUCUUCAUCUAUCUGAAGACCAACAUCACCGAUGUGGUGACCAGAUUCCUGGUAGGGUCGGCGGUUGGCUCCUUUGCCAUAAGCCUUGCAAGUAUUUGGGAAAUUAAUUUGAAGCUGGUUGCCGUCACCGGGAAUGUCACCGCCGGUUCUUUUAUCGUUGGCACCAACAUUAAUCUUUCUGCCGUCACCGGGAAUGUCACCUCUAGUCCUUGGAUCGCUGACACCAACAUUAAUCUUUCUGCCGUCACCGGGAAUGUCACCUCUAGUCCUUGGAUCGCUGACACCAACAUUAAUCUUUCUGCCGUCACCGGGAAUGUCACCUCUAGUCCUUGGAUCGUUGACACCAACGUGGACUUGGCUGCCAUAACCGGGAACAUCACCUCCAGCCCUCAGAUGAUUGAUGCCACCAUCCAGCUCAGCAAGACCUAUAAAUUUCUCACCAUUACCUUUGGCUGCUGUUUGCCGUUUGCACUGGCCGUCCUCUCCAUCAUCCUCACUCUGACCUCUCUGUUGGUCCACUACCACGAUAUGAAGUACAAUCCUUCUGGUUUCAGCGUUCCCAGACUGGACGCUCACAUGAGGGCGGCACGGAUCAUGGUCUAUCUCAUCGUACUCUACUCCAUCUUCUACCUCUCUGAGGUCAGCCUCUUGGCGUCCUCCCUGACUAUUCAAUCCACCUCUGACCUGGCGGCGCUGUUCUUUGUUCUGAUCUAUCCCACCGCUCAGUCCACCAUUGUGAUCGUGGGCAACUCCAAACUUUGCCCAAUGUUUCUGAAAAGCGGCUGGUCUGGCAAGAAGGUCAAACUUCCCAUUGAUGUUGGAACAUAAAUGUAAAAGUGGUCUAGUUUUACCAAUACCUGGACAUAGACGUAGAAGUAGCAUUGUUAUAGAUAGAACACUGUAUUCCCUUAAUUCAGUAGACAGAUGGUCCCAAAUUGGUAUCUGAAAGGAAAGGGCCAGCCUGUUGGCCAGGUCCAGGACUGCCACUUAGGUGCCAAUAACAUUCCUCAUCCUUGUAGAUAUAGAGAUGUUACCUCACUGAGCCUCGAAGGAAAGUCCUAGUCCAUUCAUCUACGAGCCCUGUGGGGGACGAGGCCUUUGCACCUGGAGGAAGGUCCCAAGUGUCUACCCGCCAUUGAUUUGUCAAAGAUUAGAGAAAUCGGUUUUAUCUCUCAAAAUAAAUCCCCAAAAUAGUUAUAUGGCGCCUGAUCACGACAGUCAAGCUGUGAUUGGUCUUGUUGAGAUCAGACUGACGCUCUGGUGUUGAAAAUUGUAUUUCUGACCCGACCAUCAGAACCAUUCAUGGCCCAUUUACCUCCGGUCCCUUCAGAACAUAGAACCAUCCUGUGGGCAGGGAAAGGAACACCCCCUCAGGGCUGAUUGGCUAAAGGCUAAAGGCCCACCCACAUUCAUAUCCUCCAGGCUGGGAAGGGAACACCCCCCAGGGCUGGUUGGCCAAGGGUUAAAGUCCAGCCCACAUUCACAUCUUUUGGGCUGGGAAGAGAACAUCCCCCUGGGCUGAUUGGCCAAAGGCUAAAGGUCCAGCCCACAUCUCUAUCCCCCGGUCUGGGAAGGGAACAUCCCCAGUGCUGGUUGGCCAAGGGCUAAAGUCCAGCCCACAUUCAUAUACCCUGGGCUGGGAAGGGAACAUCCCCCAGGGCUGAUUGACUAAGGGCUAAAGGCCCACCCACAUUCAUAUCCUCCAGGCUGGGAAGGGAACACCCCCCAGGGCUGAUUGGCCAAGGGCUAAAGUCCAGCCCACAUCUCUAUCCCCCGGGCUG